AUGCCUAAAAACCAGUCUGAACGAUUAGUUGGUCGUUCCCCGUCUCGAGAAAACCGACACCGUGACUCCUCGCACCAAGAAGUCCCGCAACCUUCGGCUGUAGUGGAUCCAAUGCAAUUCCGAGCCAUGCAAGGGAAGGUUGAUAAGAUCUUCGAGUUCAUGCAGACACUGGGGUCUGCUGCGCCACCCAACCGGGCCAUCCCCCCUUACGCCCCAACGCACACGAAGGACGAUCCUUGGACCGAGGACCCCAAAGCGAGAUGGUCAGACUUAAGGGGAGAGCGGUCUGAGCGUAUGAGGUGGCGCGAGAAGAUGAAGACACAAAGUAACAAGAGAAACCAAGACAAAUAUUGUGAGUUCCACAAGGACCACGACCACGACAUGGAGAAUUGUUUCGACCUGUACAACCAUAUUGAAGAUCUGAUUAGGCGUGGUUAUCUCAGCGGCUUCAUAGACAGAAAGGAGAAGCCAGCCCAAGAGGAACAAAGGGAGGAUGAAGCUGGGCAACCACCGUCCCGAGGCCCCCCAGCCGGCGUCAUCCACAUUAUAUCAGGAGGAGUCGCCGCUAGAGGGGAAAGCAGCUCGGGUCGGAAAAGAUAUUCUCGACUGUGCGAGAUUGACGACCGAGGUCACGGGAGGAGGCGCGACACAUCUAUCACCUUCAUUGACAACGACCUCCGAGGGGUCCAGACACCGCACGACGACGCCUUUGUCGUCACAGUCAAGGUGGCAAACUUCGAGCUGCGAUGGAUCCUAUUUGACAUAGGGAGUUCUGCCGACGUAUUGUUUGAAGAAGCAUUCGAAAAGCUUGGCAUUGAUAGAUAA